UAGUCCAAGAGACCAUCACAGCACAGAAUUAAAGGAACCAUUCCAGCACAGCUGAAGAACCAAGCCAGGGACACUGGAUCACACACUCACAAAGGACUGUCAUCUAUUCAGUUCAUAAACAACUAGGAUUGCAGCUAUGAAGUUGAACGUGGCAUUGUUUUUUGCUGGGCUCUUUGGUGCCUUGGCAACAUUCUUCAUCCUGCUUUCAUUUGGUACAGAUUAUUGGCUAUUGGCUACAGAGACAUGUACAACGGGCAACAUGUUGCAAGAUUCUGCAAAGGGUGAUCCUGAAAACUCAUCCAUCUUUUACCAUGAGGGCUUUUUCUGGCGCUGCUCAUUUGAAGGCAACAUGGAGAAUGACAACAUGUUGAAGUUCUGGUUCACAAAUCAGCCACGCAGUAAGGAAUGUACACACGCAUACCUGUCUCCCUUCCCUGUAUCUGACAAGACUCACAAUGCAACCACCUAUGACUCUGCCAUCAUUUACAGAGGCUUCUGGAGUGUUUUCAUGUUAUUGGGGGUAGCUGCAGUUGUACUAGCUGGCUUUUUUAUCAUCUGUGCGGCUCCGUUUACCAGUCACUGCCUCUAUAAGACUGGUGGUGCACUCUACAUCCUAGCAGGUUUCUUUCUCAUUCUGGUCAUUGUGCUUUAUGUUAUUUGGUUGCACGUGAUGGAUGUGGUGGGUCUGUAUGAGGAUUACAAGAGGAAUUCUUGCCAAAACUUUCAGCUUAAUAUCUCCUAUGGCCUUUCCUUCAUGUUUGCCCCAGUCGGAGUGUUUUUCUGCCUACUCGCAGGUCUGCUCUUCCUCCUGAUAGCUCGGACAGUGAGAAUACAUUACAAAUAAGCAGCCUAUUAUCAGAGAUGACCAGCAAAAAGAUGUUUUAUACAUGUAGCCCAGAGCUUUAGGUCAUGAACUGAUGGGCAGACAUUCAACUUCAGGAUUUCUGGGAGAAAGCAGAAUUCAUGGUUUAAUCAAUUGUUACAAGUUGUGCAGGUCCUGUGGAAGCAAAGCAGCCCCAGAACCCAGAUCACACUACCACCACCUUGUUUGACUGUUGGUAUGAUGGACUUAUUUUUGAAUGUGUUGUUAGCUUUAUGUCAGAUGUAACAGAACUCAAAUCUUUUAUUAAAU